ACGUCUUACCAUCUUGCUCUACUACACUUGCUGAAAACAUGCCAGCAUGGAUUAACUCACUUAGUAAAAUGUCUACUGGAUUGACUCCAAGUGUACUCAACAAUAAGACAUCACUGUUGUGCAAGUAUGGCUGUCCUGUUCCAACCUCCAGCAGAAGUCAGCAAGUGGACCAUGAGCAGAUCUGCCAGAGUCAGCCUAUUCAGUGCCCAGUCGUUGGCUGCAAUUUUGUGACUCAGCUGUCUUCCAUAACUCCCCACAUAUUUCUUGUCCAUAACACAGAAAUCAAAUAUAAUGCAUCAGAAUCAUUUUACUUGAACUUUAAAGAAGGAAGGUGGUCAUUCGAGAAUGGUCGUUCUUUGUUAAAAGACGGUCCAAAGAAUUUAUGUUUCUUUCAAGUGGUCAAUGGAAGACUGUUUCUUGUUAAUGCAAUGGGAAACUUUGAAGACAUGCAAGUCUGUGUGUACGUUCAGUAUGUCAACGACGACUUGAACUACAAGUCCAGUGUGGCCUGUGAGGUGCUGAGGCCCGAUGGGGUCCCGUUGCAGUAUGCAGGGGAAGUUUAUCCUCUAACCUACAGCCCUGUACACAUCAUCACUCGACGUCAAUGUUUAGUUUUCAACAUGAGCCACAUCAAUCCAAAGGUGAACCAUUUUGUUCUCCAUACCAACAUAAUGAAUGAAGUUGUUUAAACCAAAGAGUAACUAGUUGAUUCACCCUACCAGGUGGUGUUAAAACACCACAUUUUGUGCAAUCAGAUUGAUUUAUAUACCUAUUGUUUUGUUGUAAUUGUUACAAACAUUUUUGGAUAUACAUUGAUAAUAUUUACUUUAUGGUAUCUUCUAUGAAUAUUUUCAUAUCUCAGUAGCAUUUUAUUUAGUGUUGUGUCAUAAUAAACUCGGUGAUUAGGUUUAGAUAAAUUAGACAAGUUUGCUUUACUUGCUAAUUGUUGUAUACCUACUCAACUUUGUAUACCAUACUUGUGAUUUAUUAUUUCUAUUGUUAUAAAGACUGAAAGUCUAUUUUGAGCUAGGUGACUUCCUGGUGUAAACUUUCUUAUUAUUUAUUUGACUUAACAAACUUUUGUCAGCUCUAAGGUGUAUAAAAAUAAUAAUGAUAUUUUAUGGUUUGUUAUGUGGAGCAAAUAAUGGCCUUUGGUAGCAGAUAAAUGUAAUUUGUGUACCUAUCUUCUAACUCUAAGAUAGUGUCUAAGUUACUGCCUUAAAACCUUUUAUGGGGUGCAAUAAAUGGUAACUGAUCGCGGUGCUAGUUUUAAUACUCAAUAAUACAAGACAUGAGUAGUUGUUUGAUUUUUAUACUUAUGUGCCAUUUUUAUAUUUCUCAAUUUUCAUUGUUAUAUAAGACUGAAAGUCCUAUUAUACUGUAGGGUUUUUUUAUACCAGUGAAAUAUUUUUUUGUUAUUCCGGCUUUGUAAAGAGUUGUGUAUGAUGGUCUCCAGUGAAAACUUCACAAUUUACUGUAUAUAUUAAAUAGUUUUGUGUAAUUUAUCGAGGUAUUUUUACUAUCAAGUUUUUCAACUUUACACAAACUAAGUUAAAUUAUUGAGUCAGUCCUUGAUUACGAUUAGGCCUACAGUGUACUAGUGGUCAGUUUAUUAGGAUCACUAGAUAGAUACUUUUUAUCCAAAUCUUACUCUUUAAGAUAUCAUUUUUAUUGUACAAACUACUCCUAAUUACUAAUAUUGUUGGAACAGACAAUACUUUAUGAUGUGUUUUUUUACUUGACUUUUGACUUGUACCCUGAUUUUCAUAGAUAUUAGGAAGUGUUUACAUGAUUAGCUUAUAGCAAUCUUUUUACAUUUUGAUGUUUGUAUUAUAUUUCAAUAUCUUGAUUAUUUGUUCAACAAUUUGAAAGGUAAACCACUUUAUGAUUUAUGAUCAAAGCUGUCUCCUGACCCACCUGAGACUGGCCAGGGCCAAAAACCGGAACUCUGCCCCCUUGCCCUAAUUAGUCACCGUUAGCUUUUCCUCUAGUUCCAGUAACUUUCUAUUCAAAAGUCAUUAUUUCCAAAAUCAUAGAUAUGGCAAAUUUGAUUAAGAAACAGACAGUCUAGAGUAAAGUUUUCAACUUAAAGAAAAAAUUUUCUUUCAUAUUUCUGUUAUUUAUUUUUUCCUAAUAAGAUUAGCUUGUGUUAAGUAUCAAUGGUCUUAUCUUUUUAUGUACAUAUCAAAUUCUGUAUAAAGUUUUGGAAGUCUUAACCUGUGGGAAAUUGUUACUGGAGUUAGUGAGAAAGCUAAAGAGUGACUAAGUAAUAAAACUAAGGCUUGGAUGAAUCCCAUGUAGCCUGAGGGGCAGGAGACAGCUUCGGUGAUACAGACUUAUAUUAAAUGUUGGCAAUGUAGGAACAGUACACUCUCGAUUAUCCAAGGUAAUUUUUUUGCUUAAUAUAUACUUUUAUUUUUAUUAGGAAAACAAUAAUUACUUUAUUAUAGUAUAUGUCCGUUCACAGAAAUGUAAACAAAAAAAAUGUAUUUACUAUUUAUUUAAACGAAUACCUAGAUAAAUAUAUAGGAAUAAUGUUUUAACAUUAGAAUGAACCGAAAUAAGUUUAAAAAUUAUAAUUACACUGUACUAGGUUGGCUGGCUACCGACGGCAAACUAGACUGGACGAGCCGUCUGCAGAACAUAAACAAUAGCAGUGUCAGUCUUCUUGAUUACGAUGUUUUGAUGUAGACAUGAUUGUAUCAAGUUAUAGAUCAGGUCAAACUUAAACAAAAUAUAAUUUUAUACUUUUUGAACUAGAAAGAUCCACCUUAGUGUUUUGUUUUAAAUUAUGCACUCUAUUGGUUUAUCAUGAUGUCUAAUAAUACUGGGUUUAAAAAUUCAAGAUUAAGACGAUUAAUGAAGUGUUGAGCAUGUCUGUUGUGUUAUUUUUUUUUAUAAUUCUACGUUAUUUGGAAAAAAAGUUGUAUUAAAAUUACAUAUUAUCACUUUUCAUUCGCUAUGUGAUGUUAAAGAAAUAUUUGAUUUGACUUCAUAAUAAGAUAACGUAACCCUAACCUCAAAAUCUAUGCAACCUCUGUGUUAUCCAAGAUUCCUGGUAACCGAGGUUAGUUUUGGUCCCAACAACCUCGGUUAGUCGGAAGUGUACUGUAUACUUCAUUUAAUUAAACAUCUUAUUAGUAUGUAACUAAUUCCUAAUAACAAAGCUGCCUUAGCUAUUAAAUAUAAAAUAUAGCUAUAUUAGCCUAGAUCAGUCUAUUGGACUGCAAAAAAUCUUUCAUUUAUAUAGCUAUUAUAGACAUAGACAUAUAUAUCACCUUAUAAUUUUAUUACAGCCCCAUUACCUAAGUUGUAUCUAGUUUACAAGAAAUAUGUUUAUUAUUUUUGUGUUAUUUUGCACAAGACGUCUAUCUUGUAAUUUUGUUCAAGAUUUUUGUUUGUUUAUUUUCUAGUUUAAUUCUAUAAAUAUCUUUGUGUUGAUUGAAAAGUUAAAUUUAAAUUCACACAAAUAUACUGAUUUCUUUAUUA